AUGAAUCGGCUUUAUCUGAAUGGACCUCUCAUAUCAGCUAUUUCUGCCACUCGAAACAUCAAACCAUUACCGAUAGCAUGGAUUGCGGUUGCUUCUGUAUUAACUGGACUUCUUCUAUUGGUUCUUGUAUUGGCUUUUAUGUGGAGAAUGGGAUAUCUGGGAGACAGAGAGUUGCGUGUGACAAAGGUGGAACUCCGAGGCAAGUCUUACACUAUUAAACAAGUGAAAGAUGCAACUCGAAAUUUCAGCCCUACGAAUAAGAUUGGCAAUGGGCGUUUUGGGAUGAUAUACAAGGCUCAACUGCCAAAUCAGACGGUAGCUGUGAAGAAGCUUUCUUUUCAAUCAGACAUUGAUCAAAUAGGAACUGAAGUCUAUGCCUUGAAACAGUUAAAGCAUGACAAUCUUGUCGAAUUGUUGGAUGUUUAUUCCAAAAAGGAUCUACACUUGCUGAUUUAUGAAUAUAUGGAAAAAGGCUCACUUACAGAAGUAUUGUUUGAUGAGUCGAAUUUUAAAGAGACACUUGAUUGGCCAAAGAGAGUUAACAUAUGCCUUGGAAUAGCAAGGGGUCUGAAGUAUCUGCAUCAAAGAUCAUGCAAGAGAGUAAAUAUGGCACCUGAGUAUGCAAUGCGAAAAGCCAUAACAGACAAAGCUGAUAUUUAUAGUUAUGAAGUACUUCUGCUUGAAAUAGUUAGUGGAAAGAGUAAUUCAAAGAGCGAAAAAAACCAAGGGAACGAUUAUCUUUUAAAUAAGGCUUGCGUUUUACAUUCAGAGAAAAUGCUUUUGAACUUGGUGGAUACAAAUCUGUCUGGAGAAUAUGAUAAAAAGCAAGCUCUUAAAAUGCUGGAUUUGGCUAUACAGUGCAUUAAUCUGUCACCUACUCUGAGGCCUACAAUGCUCGAAAUUGUGAGUGAGCUUGAGCAAAUUUCUAAUGUCAACGCUCUCCCUCAGCUUGAUUUUUGA